AUGCACCGUAACUUAAUCCAGAGGUGGCAGACCUCAUUCCGAGUAAACGAGGGUCAGUAUCACCCACGACGGUCACAUAAGAAUUCAAAAAAUGGUUGUACCACUUGUAAAAGACGGAGGGUCAAGUGUGAUGAGCGUCAACCAGUCUGCCACAGAUGUCAGAAAUAUGGGGCGCGGUGUAUCUAUAUUGGCCUUUCUCCAGAAUCAUUCAUCCUGACUCAGAGCGGCAACGUUUUGCAAAUGCAGACAGAACGACCAAUUAGCGCAAACCCCACUCUUUCAGUUGCGCAAUUUAUAACCAGGCUCAGCGAGGGAUUGAACAAGGAGAUUGCCUGGGCUACUGGCAACUCAAGCAUGGCAUUUUCAAUAGCGGUGGCUGCUUUUGACCAGUUCCUAGAUUCAACCGCUAAUGGUAGCCCUGGGACGCUGAAGAUUCGCGAUGUCAUGAGAACACAGAUGAUACAUGUCGCCUGCGAGGCACCUUAUUUAAUGUACACCAUUCUCGCAGCCGGUACACUUCACAUUAACCGGACAUGUUCUGGCAACAAAGUCUACGAACUGGCCGAGGCGCACUUCUCACAGAACGCAGCCGCCCUCUUCCAAGCAGCGCUACAAUCUGGACUCACGCAGAAAAGCAUUGAUGGUUUGAUCGCCGCUUGCAUGAUUAUGGGGCUCUUAUCUCUCUACCCUGCUUCGUUCUCUGCUCCGGAGUCCUGGGUCUUCACUGGCAACCCCAGCGACAUAAACUGGCUCUGCCUUCAAAGCGGUCUCACCUGUCUUAUUGCUGAAGCCGGUCCACUGCUACAAUCUUGCAUCUGGGCAGAUCCUUUUUUACACAGUGAAGAAUGGGAAGGUAAGCUAUGGCAGUACACCCUCCCGCCUUACCAGUUCCACGAAGCACUGGCUACGCUUUGUGAGGUCGACAAUCUGUCCACCACACCAGCGUCAAACCCUUACUACAACGCUGUCAAGCUCUUGAGUCCCCUGUUAAUGCUUGCCGCAACGGCGGAGAAUGCGGCUGUGGCUGCGACGUGGAUCGGUCGACUGGAACACGAGUAUGUGGGCCUACUACGACAGAGAGAUUGUCGGGCGCUAGUGGUGCUUGCGCACUGGAUGGGUCUGAUGUGCACUCUGUCUCACUAUGAGCCGUGGGUGGAAGGGAGGAUUCACCCGGAGUGUGUUGCAAUAUGCAUGUAUCUGGAUGGUGCGCAAGACCCUGUCCUUCGGCCAUUUUUAGAGUAUCCUUCGUCGUGUUGUGGAUACCAGUUACCUCGGGAAUGA